AUGUGGGCGAGGUUCUCCAGACUGAACGAUGCCCUCCAGGACGCCCUGUCCCUCCAUUGUACAGAACUGUUUGUAGGAGCGUCACCAUCGUACAGGUUCUCACUGCUGCAGCUGCAGAAGACGUACGUGGCCUUGGGACGAGCCGCCGACCACCUGAUGAGUCACUUUGGCCUGCCUGUGGCCUUCGACAUCGCGUUCUGCAUCUGUGGCGCCACUUGCAGUUCCUAUGAGGUUCUCGUCAAGCUGCUGUCCGACAGCAAUGUGUCGGGACUCUCAAUCGAGGUACCCGUAAGCAUAUCGGAGGUGUGGCUUGCCUUGCACUGGAUGAGGAUCCUACUGUUCUCGCUGUCGUGCGCGGCUGCGGAAGACUCUGCGGCAGCCACAGGUGUGAUCCUCGUCAGGGCAUCGGUGGUACCUCAAUGGCGCACUGCUGAGUUUGAUGAAUUCCUAAGGUUCACGCUUCAAGGACCUCGAACGUCCUUCAGCGCCGCCGGAUUUGUCAAGAUCGACCGCCGUCUGAUAGUUUCUGCUUUCACUGCUGUUGUCACGUACCUUAUAAUCCUAGGACAACUCACCUACAACUAG